AAACUAAAAGUUGUUUUUCCAUCUACAGUGAUCAUACCACCAAGUUCAUGACGGUACUUGCCAACCAAUUAAAGCACGCUGUGGGGUUAACACUUAACGUCAAACGUCGCAAAGUUUUUUGGACGGACUUGAGAGAUGAAAGAAUAGACAGGAGUAGAAAGCAAUUGGGACGUCCCUCUUUGCAGAGACCUCCUGUAUUGGAACAAUCUCGCUUGUACAGUGUUUCCAUGGAUAACCUUACAUCAGUACAAACAGUGUUGAGUGACAAUGAGGUUCGGAGCCCCAUCUCCCUUGCAUUAGAUUGGGUUAAUGAUCAUCUUUACUGGGUGGAUUUCUCCCUUGGAACGGUAUCAGUAGCUUACAGUAAUGGAUCGUGGCCGACCACGUUGAAGACCAUGGAAGGGAUGUCUAUACGGUCGGUGGCCCUUCACCCAGAGAAAGGCUAUAUGUUCCUGACCGCAGCCAAAUCCCGACAAUGGUUGAUUAUGAGAUGUUCAAUGGAUGGGAACGAUUGCGUUGAUAUCGUGAAGGAAAAUAUAAAGGAACCAACUACGUUAGCAAUUGAUUACAGUGAGCAUAGAUUAUUCUGGGCGGAUGCAAAACUAAACAUGAUUUCCUCAAGUGACUUUGAUGGCAGCAACCAAAAGAUUGUCCUCAGCGUGUAUAACUACCUCCAGCACCCAUUCGGGAUCGCUAUCUGUAUGAAUGAAGUAUACUGGACCGACGUCCGGGCCCACCGAGUGUUGAAAUCAAACAAAUGGACNGGGGAGACAACGUCACGAUCAUCGACAAACAUUUACAUUUCNCCGAUGGAAAUACAAAUUGAUCAUCCCAGCACUCAACCUAACAUGAUGAACCAUUGUCAUGAUCACCCUUGUCAAUAUAUGUGCAUACCCCUACCUGUGGGUGGGGUGGGGAGAUAUAGGUGUGUGUGUCCUGAUGGUUAUGUUGAACAGGGUGGAUGUGUAAAAGUUGGUAAACCUACUGAUUCAACGAACCAAAUAAAUAAUCCAAACACCCAACACUCUGACGUUCAAACUUUAGCCCCCACCACCACCACCACAACGGCUUCCACCAUAGCCACAGCUGUAGUAGGAAUGUCAAGCGGGACUAAGAUACUGAUUGGUGUAACUGUUGUUGGCAUCCUUGUCCUGCUCUUCUUCAUAGCAUGCGGGGCAUUACGUUGGUACCAGCGUAGAUCUCUACAGCUAAGCAUGCACUUCGAUAACCCAGUGUAUAGGAAGACCACCACGCAUGGAAAUGAGGAGGAUGACCAUCGUGUAGGAAUUCCCAGGAGCGGAUCCCAAGCUCAUCUCAUCUCUAAUGAAGAGUUUGACGACCCGGAGAGAAACGAAGAAGUUUCGGUCGAUGUUAUUGUUGGGAACGGUCGCCCACAGAAUACUUACAGACCAUUACGCCAGAUGUCAAUGGAGGACACAAUUUCCCAAAACUCAUUGGGAACGUCUGACAUCAGAAACCUUGUGUCAUAGCAAAGUUGUGGUGGUAAUAUCUCUGAGUGCUGUAGCAUCAUCAUAUUGAUGGUAUCUUGGUCUGAUCCCUGCAGUGAAGUUAGCGCAAUGUUGGGAAAUACCGAACCUUAACUUAACCCCUGACAAAUUAACUGUGUCUCGUAAUUUAAAGCGUCAGGUUUUAACAACUAAAACAGCCGUUUAUGCAAUCACCUUUUCCAAUUUAAUUUCUGGCGCUAUUUUUGAGGCUUUGAUUGUCUGGAUGCGUUCGAUGGUACAAGUGACAUGUUUUUAAUUUCAAAGCGAAAUUUCCUGACGAGUGUUUUUUUUUCAUUAUUCAGUGCAUCAAAAUAUCAUCUUUUAUUUAUUUUAUGUUUUUACAUUUCGUCCUGCAACAACUAAAACAACCUCUUCACAAAAAGCAGUCAACUCAAUCUAAGUCUUAAGUUCCGUCAUAUAAGUUGGUCAGUAUGUCAUGUUCCUGUCAUUUUAAACGCACGCUAAUGUUGUGCAGAGUUUAAGAGUGUAUUUUUUACUGUGUUUGUAACGUGCAAACUAAUCUGUUAUAAACGCGACGCGUUUUUUUGCUUUUAAUAAACUAUAUUGUAUUCUUA